AUGUCUACACCAUAUUUCCUCACUCUCUUCUUCGUGCUUCUCCUCUCUUGCAACACAUUCUCAUCAUCAUCAUCAUCAGAAAAAGAAAAUACUUUUGAUUUUAAUAAGAAAGAAAAAUUAAGUCAUUUUAGAUUCUAUUGGCAUGACCUAAGGAGUGGAAAAAAUCCCACCUCGAUUGAAAUUGUUGCUCCUCCAAUGAAGCUAAACUCAACCACUGGAUUUGGUUUUGUCGACAUGAUUGACAACCCUUUAACUUCGGAGCCACAACUGAGUUCCAAACUUGUUGGAAAAUCUCAAGGCUUCUACGCAUCUGCUUCACAGGUUGAGGUAGAUGUUCUUAUGGCUAUGAAUUUUGUUUUCGUGGAAGGAAAGUAUAAUGGAAGUAGUAUUACUAUCUUUGGUAGGAAUCCUGUUAUGAAUAAGAUUAGAGAGAUGGCUGUUGUUGGUGGGAGUGGAGUUUUCAGAUUUGCUAGAGGCUAUGCUCAAGCUAGUAGUUAUUCGUAUGAUCCUAAAUCUGGAGUUGCUGUUGUUGAGUACAAUGUUUAUGUUUUCCACUAUUGA